CAGGGUUUAUUUUUAAAAUAGUUGCCAAAACAAAAUCACCUUAGUUUACCUCUCUGCUGCAAAAGACAACAGAUAAACAAACAUUGUGGCGCCCAUGAAAACACUCACAAAAUAUACAAUUUCUUUACGAUAAUACGUAUAAUUAUAGGCGCAGCGUUGGCCAAAACGAUUUCCCGCCAAAUCAGCGGCGUCUCAGUUAAAUUCAUGAGAAUUGCGAAAUGCCAAUUGCGGUUUUUAAGUCCGUGCGCGAAGUGAGCAGUGAGGAUGCGGUGCACGUGGCGGAGAAUUUGCUAAAGGAGAAUGCCGGCAAAAAGUGGCGAACCAAGGCGGCGGGCGAAAAAUCCGCAUAUGUGGUGCUGGAGUUUGCGGAGCCGCAACAGAUUACGGGCAUCGAUAUUGGCAACGAACAUGCCGCCUUCAUCGAGGUGCUGGUCAGCCGGACGGGCUGCCAGGCGGACGAUUUCCGGGAGCUGCUGCUGUCCAGCUCGUUCAUGACGCCCAUUGAGAGCAAAAACUCGAGCAACCCGAACCGGGUGCGCUGCUUCAGUGGCCCUGCACUGGCGGAGGCUGCCCUGCCGGAGAAAUGGAAACUGCUGAAGAUAGUCUGCACGCAGCCCUUCAAUCGCCAUGUGCCAUAUGGGCUAUCCUUCGUCAAGGUACAUGUGGUGGCAGCUGCGGCGCCAAAGGUCAAAUCCCUGUUGCCGCAGGGUGUGAUGCAGUUCGGGGCCUUUAAGCUGCGCGAGGAGUCACCCGAUUCGGAGACGGACAGCCAGGUGAACAGAUUUCACAGCUGGAAGAAGGAGACACAGCACAAAGCACCUGCUGCGCAAAUCUCCACAGCAGCGGCCAUUCGGGACGCCGGCUCCUCGGCCCUGAGAAGGCUGAGCAUUGGCAGGGUUUCCAGCCUGGCUGCAUCGCCCUCACCAUCGCCCAAACCCUCGCCCAAACCCUCACCGUCGCCAUCUCCAGUGCCCAGCGGCCAGCGAUCGGGUUCUCCGACGCCAUCGGAGGCCAAGCCCCUGGAUCGCAAUCGCGCUUCCCUGCUGUUUGGCGACGAUGAUGAGGAUGAGGCCGAUGACGCGGGAGAUGCCAAGAAACAUCGACUGAGCAAGCAUCUGGAGGCGGACAAGGAUCGCCGGCGUUUGGAGCAGGAAAAGGAGAGGGAGAGCAGGAAGAAAAAGUCCAGCAGGCAUUCCUUGGAUAAGUCAUCGUCGAAAGAAGACAAACCCCCAGCAAAGGAGCACAAGUCGUCGUCAAGAGAAAAAUCCACACCGAAGGAAGAUAAGCAUUCACGAAAAGAGGAAAGAUCGCAUUCGAAGGAGGAGAAAUCCAGGAAGGAGGAGAAGUCUAAGCAUGCCCACAGAUCAUUGGACACCUCGAAUGCCAAGGAAAGUUCUCGCCCAUCUGCGCAAAAGCGUCAUUCAUCUCCCACCGCAGUCGCAGUCACGCCCGCCAAAAAGCAAAAGGUCAUGGAAAAGGCAAUUCAAUACCGGCCAUUCAAUCAGUUACUCAAGGGAGUGCUCCUAGUCAUCAGCGGCAUACAGAAUCCCGAUCGUGCAGACUUGCGCGCGAAAGCGGUCGCCUUGGGAGCCAAGUACAAAGCUGAUUGGGAGCCAGGAUGUACUCAUCUGAUAUGCGCGUUCAAAAACACUCCGAAGUACAAUCAAGUGAAGGGCAAGGGCAAGAUUGUGACACGCAGUUGGAUCGAGAAAUGCUACGAGCUGAAGAAGUAUCUGCCAUGGCGACGAUACGCCCUGGAUACCAACGACUUUGGCCAGCCGGAGAGCGAUGAGGAGCUGUGCGACGAGGCGACGCGGCCACGACGCGAUUCCAACGAGAAUGAUGUGGAUAUGCUGGAGGAGAGCAAGCUAAAGAACACCUAUGAUUCAGCUCUAGCGGAUCAGAAUAAGAUGGAUCUGGAUGCAGAUGCUUCAUCGGGCAUUGAUACGGAGGAUGAACUGCAGCGGGUGGCUGAAAGCAACGUGAAGAAGGCCAAAUUAAGGACACCAGCUCAGACAAAAUCGCGAGACAUAUACGAAGUUAGCACAGAUGAAGAGGACUAUUUGGUGCUAAAGAAGAAGCAAAUCCACGCUGGCGAUUAGGUGCCAUUUAUAAAAUCUCAUCUCAUAUUUUGUAUACGCCUUUAUUACCUAAAUGGCUUGUAGUCUGUACUGCAAGUACGUCUUUCGUUUUUGUUUAAAUGUGCGUCUAAGUAUAUUCUCAUUCUCCAUGCAAGCUGAUUGCGACAAAUUCUAACGAUGAUUAAGUAAUGGCUUGGACCAUUUUAAAUAAAAGAAUAAAAGACAAGAAAUAAA